UUGUCAUCACAGAGACUUAACUCUACUCUCUGUUAGGUUGAAGCUUUUGGGGUCUUUAGUUUCCUGUGGAUAUUAUCUGUCCCUGACAGGCAGAGCAGGUCGGCUGUGGUCAGCUGCAGUUCUCCAGCUUGCCCACUGUGGUGCAGUAGAGUGCUUAAGGAAAGUGAUGUAAUAUUAAAUGACGGAUAAAUGUCCCCCCCUAUGGUCCGCUCUGUAUACUGCUGCUAGCAAAGUAAUAGAAUAAACUGAUCAUACUUAGCAUAGAUUGAUGUGCUGUUGUCUUGUUGUGAUUCUUCAACAUCUCUGAGCUUUUACCCCGAGCAUUGGGUCUGCAUGUUUCUAAGUCUCCUACUGGAAGGUGAGUUGCCCAUUUUAAACACUGAAUCCAUUAUGGCUCGUUAUGUAAGUCAUGUCAUAUCUCUUGCAUGCCUCCCCGACACUAACUGAUCAUUAUUUAACUCAAAUGUAGAAAUGUGAUGCAAAUUGCGAUUGACGUGUUGCUGUGGCGCCCCCUGCUGUCCGCUUCAUGUACUGACUCUAACUGGUCUCUGUCUCUUGUUCAGGGCCAAACGGGGCCCGUUGGCCCCCAGGGCCUGGGGGGGCCCCCAGGGAGGGCAGGAGAGGUCGGCAUCAUGGGCCCCAAGGGGGAGCUGGGGGAGCGGGGCCGCGGCGGGGCCCUGGGCCCCAAGGGAUCGGUGGGAAUGAUGGGCGUUCCUGGAUUCACCGGAGCUGACGGGAUUCCUGGCCACCCCGGUACGGCGGGCCCCCGAGGGAGGCCAGGGGUCGACGGCUGCAACGGAACCAACGGGGACCCGGGGCGGUCGGGGCGCCCGGGCCGCGAGGGCCCCCCGGGGUACUCAGGCCAGACGGGCCGCAAGGGAUCCAAGGGGGACGAGCUGGAUCUCCACGUCUUCAUGGAGCGAUUCAGGGGCGAUAGAGGUUCCCCCGGGGCUCCUGGACCACACGGCCAAUCAGGAGGGACGGGCUGGCCAGGCUACAGGGGCCUCACCGGACCCAAGGGCCCCUGCGGGCCCCCAGGACCCCCCGGACCGAAGGGCACCAUGACCAAAGUACUGAAAGGGGUCAAGGGAGAGAGAGGAGACGCUGGCGAGCAGGGACCCACCGGGAACUCAACCACCCGCCCUCAUACAGGGUCCAAGAUUGGCAGCCAGGGGAGGAGGGGAGAGAAAGGGCUGAAGGGAGAAGUGGGAGAAGUUUCGGACAACAAGGGGGAGGCAGGCGUGACGGGCGGCCCCGGUGGCAGGGGUGAGCACGGUCUGUACGGACUGCCAGGACCCAAGGGGUACCCCGGGGAGGCGGGGCCAAUCGGCCGGGACGGAGUCAAGGGGACCAGGGGGGACCCUGGAGAUGUGAUCUCCUCUGGAUUCUGGGGCACCGGCGGACCAACGGGCCCCGCAGGAGAGACCGGCCACAAGGGGGCGCGAGGACCGGAGGGAGACCAGGGGCCACCAGGACCCUCGGGGAGACCAGCCGGGGAGUCACAGCAGCUCCUCUGGGACUUCUUCGGGCCCUUUGGGGACAAAGGGGACUCUGGAGAUAAGGGCCAGCCCGGGAAGGCAGGGAUCCCCGCCAUCAGCCCCGGACCCCAGGGGUACUCCGGGCUCCCGGGACCCCCCGGUCCCCCGGGACCCAAAGGAUCAUGGUUGGAGUUCUUCAAGGGCGCCCCGGGUCAGAGAGGAAGGCCUGGGUCUGCUGGCUCUAAGGGAGAUACAGGGGACCACGGGCGGUGCGAGUGCAGCAACGUCCACUCCAAACCCGGGCCCCCGGGGGCCGCCGGCGAGCAAGGCAGCAUCGGCAUGAGCGGCGAGAUCGGACAGCAGGGCGACGACGGCGAGGAAGGACCCCAGGGCGCCAGCGGACUGCCUGGGUUCCCGGGCCCCAGCGGCCUGCAGGGGCCCAAGGGGAGGAGGGGCUCCACGACCUCGGCGCUGCAGAAAGGGUACCCGGGGGAUCCGGGUGAGGCCGGGCCGUCAGGGAGUCCGGGGGUGCAGGGGGUCCCGGGUCACCUCGGGACCCCAGGGUUCCCCGGGGCACGUGGCUCCCAGGGCGAGGGCCCGGUUGGGGAGCCAGGGGACCGGGGGUACUGCGGCUCCCAGGGGCCCCAGGGUGCGGCCGGGCUGAGGGGGGACCCGGGACAGGUCCUGGGGGCCUCCAAGGGCCUCCAAGGGCCCCCAGGGGACCAGGGUCUGCCGGGCUACGACGGGGUCGAGGGGCCCCGAGGAUCUUCAGGCGGCUGUACUCCCAGGGAGGACGGAGGGCAGUAUGACGUCACAGGAGACUGCGACGUUACCCCAGGACCCCCAGGCUUGCCGGGGUUCCCGGGACCCACCGGGCUGGAGGGCAUGCCAGGCCCGCCGGGGCACCAUGGAGCCGAAGGCCUCAAAGGAGGCAGGGGAGACAAAGGAGAACGGGGAGAACAAGGCAGAGGCGGCCUCCCAGGAAACAAGGGUUUCGUUGGCCCUCGUGGAGACCUGGGCCAGCUGGGGGCGCCAGGGGUGAAGGGGUACCCCGGGGUCAACGGCAUCCCGGGCCGGGACGGGGGGCCGGGCGCGAAGGGGAAGCACGGGGAGAUCUUUGGGGCCUCCACGGGGGGCCCCGGGGAACCAGGACUCCCGGGCCUGCAGGGGGACCAGGGCCCGGCCGGAGAACAGGGCGGGUCGGGUCACCAAGGGAUGGGGGGCAUGCCAGGGAUCAUCGGGCUGAAGGGUGCAGGCGGACCUCCAGGCCUGCAGGGGGAGGAGGGGAGGCCCGGACCCCCAGGGCGCUACGACUUCCCCGGGCCGCCCGGCCGGACGGGACCACCGGGGCCCCACGGAGUAGAGGGAGAGCCAGGCCUCAGCGGGGAGCGGGGGGCCGAGGGGGACGCGGGGGCCCCGGGGCCCGCCGGGCUGAAGGGCACCCCAGGGGGCUUCGGGGAGGAAGGCCCCAACGGAGACCAGGGGGCCACGGGGGGCCAGGGGGUCCCCGGGCCGGACGGACGCCCCGGGAUCUCCGGGGUCAAAGGGAGCAAAGGGUCUCACGGCAUGGAGGGCUUCAAGGGCCGCCCCGGCGCGCAGGGGGCCCCCGGCUUCAGCGGGGUGAAGGGGGAGACCGGCCUGCCCGGCCAGGGAGGCCUCAAGGGCGGGAUGGGGCGCGGCGGAGAGAAGGGUGACCGGGGCCUGAUGGGUCCUCCGGGAGACAAGCCCCACAUCCCGCGGCAGAUCAUCGCCGACAUGAAGGGGACCAAGGGAGAGGACGGCCACCUCGGGGACCCGGGCUUCACCGGGGCCAGAGGUCCAAAGGGCUACCCCGGUCUUCCAGGGUAUGAAGGACUUCACGGACAUCCUGGAGACCCCAGCCAUGAGAAAGGUCUCCAUGGGAACCGGGGAGCAGAGGGUCUACUGGGCCCCAAAGGAACCCCGGGGCUCACAGGAACCCGCGGGAUCGGAGGCUUUGACGGGAUGAACGGAAACCAGGGGCAGAAGGGCAGUCCUGGGGCCUACGGUGCCUCAGGGGACUACGGCAAGAGUGGCUUCAAAGGGGAUAAAGGCCAGCGUGUCGACCUUCCAGGCUCCACGGGGCUGAGGGGAGAGCUGGGCUUCGCUGGCCCGCUGGGCGAGAAAGGACUCUCUGGCCGUCCCGGAGACAGCGGCAGCCCGGGUUUCAACGGCAUCGAGGGGAGGACCGGGGAGCUGGGAGAUCCGGGAAUAGGGGGAGCCCCAGGCUCCGACGGCCAGGCGGGCUCCCCUGGGACCCAGGGUCAGCGGGGCUGGCCCGGGACCCCCGGGGAGGGCGGGACGCCCGGUGUGUACGGCCUCCCGGGAGAGAAAGGGUUCCCCGGUCUGAAGGGUCUCUACGGACUCCACGGGCUGACGGGGCAGAAGGGUCUCACCGGGCUCCAAGGGCCGGAUGGAUCUGGAACCCCCGGCAACCCUGGAGCCAAAGGGCAGAAGGGAGAGACGGGCGUGCCCAACAGCCAGCCCGGGGUCCCUGGUGUGGUCGGGGAGACGGGCCUCCAAGGACCUCCAGGGGAUCAAGGCCAACCAGGACCCCCAGGGUUCCAAGGUCCACAGGGCCAGGACGGGGUCCCAGACGGACCGGGACCCCCUGGGAGCCCGGGCUACCCAGGACCUAAAGGACUGCUGGGAUUCCCCGGGCAGAGGGGAGUUCCCGGCCUGGAGGCUCCUCCCGGGGAGAAGGGGGUCGUGGGGGGGUUCGGAGCGCCGGGACUUCCCGGUGCCAAAGGACUGAGAGGAGACCCGGGGCCGGCGGGGUACAGGGGGUACAACGGGGAGUCCGGGAGGAAAGGGGUCAAAGGUGAACAGGGGCUGAUGGGGAUACCUGGCCGGGGUGGUAACCAAGGAGGCCGAGGACCAACCGGGCCCAAAGGAUCCUCUGGACCCACGGGGGUUCCCGGUCUCCCGGGCAGCCCGGGCCCCCUGCCGCUCCCCCUCACCAUCCCGGCAGAGAGGGGCGCUCCGGGCCCCAAGGGGAUCCGCGGGCCGGGCGGGAACACCGGGGAGCUGGGAGCACGAGGUCCCCCUGGGGAUACAGGGUUCUACGGCCCAAAGGGACAGAAGGGAAUGCCCGGGAUCGGGGGAACGCCGGGAACGCCUGGGUACCGCGGGGAGGCGGGAAGGCACGGCAACCACGGUCUGCAAGGCAUGGAAGGUCAUCGGGGGACCCCCGGUAUCCAGGGGCUGCCGGGGAUGCCGGGCCGUAGCGUCAGCGUGGGGUACCUCCUGGUGAAGCACAGCCAGACGGAGCAGAAGCCCAUGUGCCCGGUGGGCAUGUCCAAGCUGUGGGACGGGUACAGCCUGCUGUACUUCGAGGGCCAGGAGAAGGCCCACAACCAGGACCUGGGGCUGGCGGGUUCCUGUCUGCCGCGCUUCAGCACCAUGCCCUUCCUGUACUGCAACCCCGGAGACGUGUGCUACUACGCCAGCCGAAACGACAAGUCCUAUUGGCUCUCGUCCACCGCACCCCUUCCCAUGAUGCCCGUGGAGGACGGCGAGAUCCGGCAGUACAUCAGCCGCUGCUCGGUGUGCGAGGCCCCCUCCGUGGCCAUCGCCGUCCACAGCCAGGACGUCAGCAUCCCGCAGUGCCCCGCCGGCUGGAGGAGCCUCUGGAUCGGCUACUCCUUCCUCAUGCACACGGCGGCUGGCGAUGAAGGCGGCGGCCAGUCCCUCUCCUCGCCCGGGUCCUGUCUGGAGGACUUCCGCACCACGCCGUUCAUCGAGUGCAACGGGGCCAAGGGCACCUGCCAUUACUUUGCAACCAAGCACAGCUUCUGGCUGACCUCGGUGGACCAGUCCUUCCAGACGGAGCCCGACUCGGAGACGCUGAAGGCCGGCCAGCAGCUCAGCCGCAUCAGCCGCUGCCAGGUGUGCAUGAAGAACCUGUGAGCUCCACCACUCUGGAGCAGCACUCCGCCGGAUAGAUGGUGGGAAGACAGUUCCUCUCUCCUUCUCCGUAUCCAUCCUCUGUGGAGCCAGGGGGAGCCUGAAACAUUGACCACAGAUCAGUGUGAACGAGACCCCUUCAGCAGCACGUCUGUGGCUUACAAACACAGGACUGAGAGUCUAUGAGAGGAUAGACCGGUAGAACGGAUCAGGGGGCGAAUCAUGAUUUUUAAUGUUCAUAAGUGUAAUGUUCAUAAUGGUGCUUUCUUAAUUUAAUACCUUGACCACCCUGUAACGUUUAACCAGUCAGCCUUCACCAGCUGAACCCAGGAUGUGUGGCCAUCCCUUUAGCUUUUCCUCCUAACACACUCAGCCUCCGGGACGUCCUAGCAGAACCACUAACCCUCUUUCAAGUGCUUCUCCUUUCCUCCACACUGUUUGACACUUUUCAUGUUUCCUCCAUUUUCUCCAAGUUGUUUUAUAAAUAAACACAAAUCAAGUUUAUUCCAUUAUGUUACAGAUUUAUCCACGGUCUCUGAAAUGUGUUUAUCAUAGGUUUAAGUUCAUAUACACAUAUAUAUAUAUAUAUAUAUAUAUAUAUAUAUAUAUACACACAACUAUUUUUUGACACAAUGCACUGAUUCUAUGUCCUAUAUUUAUAUCGACUGAUCAAGCUUGAUUCUCUUUGUUUUGUUUCUUUGGUGCCUUCAUUGUGAUUGUCACGUUACAUUUUACCGGUCCAAAUUCCAAGAGGUGGCUUAAUAGAUGAAGGCCGCAAAGUAUCCUAAAGCAAACAGACUAAAGUUCAAAUUCACCCCUAAUCAGAGGAUCAGCCGUCCUGACUGAACUCUUUCCUAAACCAUUUCAAUCUUUUCACUACUUUGAGUAGGAACAGGUUUGCAUUCAUAUGUUUGGGUCUCAUGUGUCAAUCAUGUUCUGUGACAAAUGCAUUGCAUUGUAAUAGAGACUGAUUAAACAAUUUUUUUCUAAUA